AUGGGUGAUUCCCUUUUGGUCGGCGGCGCAUUACAAGACGAAGAAGACCGUGGAGGGGAAGAAGGCGGCGGCGAGGGCGGUGAAGGGGCGGCGGAGAUGAAGAAAGAAUUCCCAGAAGAUCUGAUCAAUGACAUCUUGUCGAGGCUUCCGAUCGGCGGUGGACUGGCCGAUUCCGCUGCUUCUGCAAAUCAUGGCGCGCUCUCUUCACAGAUCCCUCCUUCAUCCUGCGAGAUAAAUCUGUGGAUCCUGGUCUUCAAAUCUUGA